CAGUGAUUGGUCAGUUGAUGCAGGCUCAGAUUGAAGUCUCUGCAGCUCAGGGAUUCACAAGAGCCGCCAGGUUAUUGCAUGCCAGGGCUUCAGUUUGACUUGUUUUUUGCUAGCAGUUGUAGUUUAGUAGCGGUUUCAGGCUAGCUGUAGACUCUGCAACAUCAGUGACAAUGUCUCUCUGGGUUUGGCUGAAAAUACUUGGUUUCUUGUCCGUUUCACUGUGUGGAAAAGCCCAAGACAAUCAAAAUGUGACUUUUCAGAUGGAGUGCCGGGAAAGAUACUUUUUGAUAUCAACAGACCUUUCAUUAUCAGGGACUGAGACUCGCUUUGAAGCUGUUGAUGACAAGGGCGUGCACCCUAUAACUAAGGAGUACGGGUUUACAUGUGGUUACAUCUUCAGUAUUAUGGUUGAACAUUUUGAAUUCCGAGCCUCAUACUUCUCUUGCCACACUGACAACCAGAAGGAUGAGGCAUUUACGUUUCAUUUUAACCUGAUCACAACCAAUGGGGAUGGAGAAGAAAUCUUCCAUACUGUGAUUGAAACCUGCUAUCCCUCAAUUCCCUGGUCAUCCAGAGAAGUCACUUGUGAAGAAGACUACGUGGAGGUGAUUCUGAGAAGAGAUGUGUUUUGCCCAUCGUACACAACUGCAGACAACUGGGACAGAAUGGUUCAGGACUUGGCCACGUCAGGCUGGCAGGUCAUGUUCAAUAGGGAGGGGGUGCAGCCAACUACCAUGUCCAUCUCCAUGGCCCGAAGUCUGGGCUACUUGUUUGAUGCUUUACCCGAGAGGCUGUUGUUCCGCUCACCCUUUGGACAGCCACAUGCUUUCAUAUCUCUGGUCAAUGGUGUGUUUCUGGAGGUAAUCCAUCCAACAUUAUACUCCAGGCAGAAAUGGCUGGUCGUGAUGGUGGACUUAGUGGCUGCUUGUUCUACAGAUAGAGGGCAUUAUGAGGGCUCCAGGAUGGUCUGGGAAACCCCCACUCUGCUGCCCCCUCUGGUUUUGGACCCUUCAAAGUUUGCGGUGCAAUCAAUCAGCAUGGGGGUGAAUGGCCAGCUCCAGUUUCACAACACGACUCAGGGGGAUUACACCAUGGAGAUCAACAAUGCUACCGUCCUGAUAGGCAUCCCCUUUCAUUCUGCAGGAUACAGGAAGAGUUUUGUCAUGGAAAAAACGUAUAAUGAGUUAUAUGUGGUACAUCUAUACUACGAGCAAGUCUUUGUGACCGAGGAGGGUGUUGAGACCAGACUCCGUCAGCAUAGACCUAUGGUCACACCUUUGCUGACUUGGCACCCCUUCACCAUGAACCAAACGGAUGUUGAGGAGCGCGUGUUUAUCGUUUACUUUGGAAACCUCCCCUCUGAUGUGACUCUGGUUGCGGUAAACCUGAAUGGGCAGGACUUCACUGUGCCCCUGACACAGGAGAGCAGCUUCUCCAUUGCGAGAGGGUCAUUGCCAAAUGGCACCCACGCCUAUGUUCUCAGGGUGCCCUUUGAAGACUCUCUUUCGAAGCUGUACUUGGAAGAGGGGCUUCUUCAGUUUAUGUUGGACAUCAACUUCACUUUGACCAUAAUGGAUCAGGAGGAGCCGUUCUACCACCUAGCAUCAGUUGUGGCUGAGCUGACGGACGUGUUCCCUCCCAGCAUUGAUGGUUUCUGUUCGGAGAACGGCAUCAGCUUCCAAUGGAACCAUGAACCUGUUGACGACCUGUGGGAGGUUGCCAUUGGCCCGGAUCCUCUGACCCCAGAGCUGGCCGCCCAGAGAGGAUAUGUUGUGACGAACAACAGCCAGAGUAUCAUUCUGGACGUGCCCCUCUUUACCAUUGGCUACAGCUAUGAGAAUAUAACUUUGAGUCAGUUUGUCGGCUCGUUGGAAAUCCAAUCAAGGAAUUUGAAGACUCCAGAGAUUCAGCAGUCUGUGACAAUGCAAUGCCACUUUGAUACCACAGAGCUCAUUGUGUGUUCCACUCAUGGGGUGAUGACUGUGGUGACCGAAGUCUUAAAUGGUGCAGACCCUUCCAGGACAUCUCUUCUGCAGAAGACCUGCACGCCCAAAGAGAUGAACAAUUCCAGAGUCCUGUUUGAGUUUGGGUUGAACAGCUGUGGAACACUGGUCCAGGUCGAUUAUCAGAAUGUGAUUUAUGAGAAUGAGAUCAUCAUAGAGCAAAGUACUGAAGCACCAGUGAUCAAGAAAGCUACCCUCAGGGGAGUUGUCCGCUGUGUCUAUCCCCUUGCUGGCCUCAGCAAGCUGUUUACAGAAUGGAGAUUUGAGUCCGAGGCCCCAGGUCAGGGAACAGUAGUUUACACCACGGACCCACGGAGUUUUUAUCCGGUGACUACAAUCAAGCCCAUCGAACAAUGUUCUCAGACAACUACUCCACCCAGCACCAUGGCUACUCCACCCAGGAUUGGAGCAAGCAUUGGAGCACUGCCGGCUGGCCAUCCAUCUGCUUCAUAUGUACGUGUACUACAGUGGCAAGGACAGGUUUUCACCGAGGCACUAUGAGGAGGCAAAACCGAGUUGGAAUAGGUUAUUACAAAUGGUUUGAGAAUAUAAUUUUUGUAAUUUGGGGGGGAAAAAAUACAAAUUGGAACUGAAUAAUUUGUGACUUGUGAAUUUUCAAAUAAAUGUUUAUUUUAAAAUCUG